AUGCCCGAGGCCCAGGGUUCUGAAUCCCAGGCCUCGUCUCAGCCUCGCAAUCAGCACCGUGGCCGCUACAGAGGCCGCACUGGCAGGAAUAGACCUCAAGCAGAAGGUUCCAGCUCCCCUGAUGGGUCUGCUCCCGGUCCUUCGCGGACCGAAGCUUCGCCUUUCCCAGCGAGCUCAUCGACCGCGGAGGCAAAGGUCCAGAAAUCGCCACGUUCAGAUCACCAGGGUUCCCGUGCCCCUCGCAGAGGAGGGGGCGGAGGUCGAAGGACUUGUGGACAACGACAAACCCGCCCAGGUGGACAUGACAGCCGUGCGCCGAAACCACCUGCUCGUAGAGCCUUCGGUGGACAUUUGACCAGCGGAGCCACCGAUUCUGACGACGGUCCCUCUGCAGUCAUCGCCGGGCUGAGCGCUGAUGCUCCAGAGUUUAUCCCUGGUCAGCCCGUAGUGGCCAGAAGUAGUAAACCGCUUAAACCCAAGGCUCUCGUGCAUCCCAAAAUAAAACCUCCCAAAUCUACCGCAGGAGACCUGGGAACCAGGAUUCACCAAGACAUUGGCAAUCUCAACUACGAAUGUGCAAUCUGCACAGACGACGUGUCACGGUCCUCUCACGUCUGGUCUUGUGCACUGUGCUGGACUGUUGUGCACAUAAAGUGUGCCGAAAGAUGGUACGAGAAGCAGAAGAAGCAGCCGGACCUACAACCUCCCGAGUCUCAGCGAGAAGUCACAUGGAGAGAGACCGACUACGAGAAUGGGUGGAGCUGUGAUGAGAUUUGCGGCGACUUGCUCCCAUGCGGAGAGCAUUCCUGUCCAAAAGCUUGCCACUCGGGAUUCUGCGGGGAUUGCGGCAUGACUGUGCAAGCCAAGUGCUAUUGCGGCCGAACGGUGAAGCAAAUACCGUGUUCCGAACAGGAGGAGCCUCGGCCAUCUUUCGACAAGGUCGUCAAGAGCUGGUUCGAGGGUGUGUUUACAUGCAAUCAGGUCUGCCAGCGCAGCUUUGACUGCGGCGUCCACAAAUGCUCCAAGACUUGCCACCCCCAGGAAGAGCAGCCUGCGCACUGCCCGUUCUCGCCGGAUUCCGUGACGCAUUGUCCAUGCGGCAAGACACCCCUGGAGAGCCUUGUUGACCAGCCACGAACUUCGUGCGAGGACUUCGUGCCUCAUUGCCGAGAACCUUGCCAUAAGAAGCUGCCGUGCGGUCAUCUCUGCCCAUCCAAAUGCCACACUGGAGACUGCGGAUCUUGUUACGAGACGAUCGAUGUUCCUUGCGUUUGCGGGCGAACAAGCAGCAGGUCGCUCUGCCACCAAGGCCGCAUCGAGCGACCAAUGUGCACGAGAAUCUGCCAAGCGAACCUUGGCUGCGGCCGGCACAAGUGCGGCGAACACUGCUGUCCGGGGGAGAAGAAGGCGGCCGAGAGGCAGGCAGCGAGGAAGAAGCACAAGCGUCCAGAAGAUGCCGCAUCGGUCGAAGCAGAGCACAUCUGCAUCCGGACGUGCGGGAGACUGCUGAAGUGCGGAACCCAUCACUGCCAGCAGAUGUGCCAUCGCGGUCCUUGCGCCAGUUGCCCCGAAGCCAUCUUCACCGAGAUUAGCUGCGACUGCGGCCGGACCGUGCUCCAGCCCCCCCAGCCGUGCGGCACUCGACCUCCCGACUGCCGAUUCCACUGUCUGCGGCUGCCCGGCUGCGGCCAUCCUGCCGUCGAGCACAGCUGCCACCCGGACGGAGUGUCAUGCCCCAAGUGCCCAUUCCUGGUCGAGAAGUGGUGCGCCUGCGGCAAAGAAAAGCUCCACAGCCAGCCGUGCCAUCUUCAGGAGCCCCGUUGCGGAAAGGUGUGCGGCAAGAGACUGAGCUGCGGUCUUCACAACUGCGCAAAGCUAUGCCACAAGCCUGGAGAUUGCGAAGACGCAGGUCCGUCGCCCAAGCAUUGCGAGCAGCCCUGCGGGAAGGCCAAGCUGUUCUGCGAGCAUCCGUGCCGCAACACCUGCCACGGACAGAGCCCCUGCAACGAAUCGUCCGCCUGCACUGCCAAGGCGGUUCUCAGAUGCCCAUGCGGCCUCCGCCAGCAGGAGUUGAAGUGCCUCGCUAGCAGCUCCAACCCUGCCCCCAGCCGGCCGGACAUCAAGUGCGAUGACGAGUGCCUCCGGCUCGAGCGGAACCGCCGCCUGGCGGCGGCGCUCAACAUCAACCCGGCGUCUCACCAGAGCGACCACGUGCCGUACUCGGACACCACGCUCGGGCUGUUCAGGGAGAACCCUCAGUGGGCCGAGGCCCAGGAGCGCGAGUUCCGCGUCUUUGCCUCGAGCCCCAACGAGGUUCGGCUCCGGUACAAACCCAUGGCGCCCGCGCUGCGCCAGUUCCUGCACGCCCUCGCCGACGACUACGGCCUGGAGAGCAGGAGCGAGGACGUCGAGCCGCACCGCUACGUGGUGGUGUUCAAGGGCGCGCGAUUCGUCUCCGCACCGACCAAGACCCUCGCCCAGAGCGCCGGCACCAGAGAAAAGCAGGCCGCUGCCGCAUCGCGAGCUCCGUCGCCGCCGCCGCCGCCGCCGCCCGCGGCACCGCAAGCCGCCGACCCCUUCAACAGCUUCCUGCUGACGUCUCCGCGCUUCGGCCUCACCAUCGACGACGUGCGGGCGGCCCUGCACUCGGAUCUGGCAGCGCAGCCCUCGGUCCGUUUCGACAUUAGCUUCCUCCCCUCGGAGCAUGUGCUCCUCCGAGCCGUCCCGUCGUACUCGGCGUUCCUGGCCCCCACGGCGCUGCACCAAGCCCUGGCGAGCAUCAAGCCCCGGCUACGCGAAUCCGUCCAGGCGGCCCGUCUAGCCGCAGCCGUCGUCCUCUGCCACGCCGACCCCAGCGGCACCGUCACCCGCAGAGACGACGCCAACACGGCCCGCGCGGCGGGGUGGAGCGCCGUCGCCAGCCGGGCCGCCUCCAAGGCCACCACCUCGGCCGCGGGGCCCGCCCAGGAACCCGCCAGCGGCGCAGGCCGAAGACUCGUAGGGCUGAGGAGGAAGAAGAAGAUUGACAGGCAGGAGCCGUGGGCGUCGCAGCUAGAUGGCGAGGUUGAAUGCUAG